GGUUAACUGUCAUCUUCGCUGGCGGGUUUGAUCGCCAUUGUUGACAGUCACAUCUACAAAAUCUCCAUGGCCCAAUAUUCUUCCGUUCGCUUUUGUUUGUCUUCUAAUUCAUACUCGAUUGACCUACUCCAUUUACCCACCUUUGAAUUUCUCUCACUUUCCCAAUUCUUCCGAUCAUUUCUUCUUCGGAAGUUUUAAUCUCAUUUUCUUCCCGAUCAAUCCCCUGCCAAAUUCCAUGGAGCACUUGGAAACCGCCCCACAAUCUCCCCCGAUCAAUCCCCUGCCAAAUUCCAUGCACCGCUUGGAAAUCACCCCACAAUCUCCCCAUUCUUCUUCCAGUCGUUCCAGUGAUGCCUCUUUAUCCACGGACUCGGACGGCGAUGGCGAUGGCGACGGCGACGGCCACUGUGAUCUCAUUUUCUCUUCUUCGGGAAAUACUGACAGGAGUUCAUCUGGAGAUAAUACUCAAAGUGAAUCAUCAGUGGGUAGGGAAUUGGAUUCUUCAAGUCAGCUUACCAAGAGACAGAGUCAUGCAUUCAAUCAUUUAUUUCCACAUAUUUUUGAUGAAAAAGUUUCUCUCAGGAAGAAGCUCAAGUUGUUGAAAAAGGUUGCCACAGUUCAAGAAGAUGGAACUGUGCAAAUGGAAGUUCCAGAAGGCAUUCAAUCGGAAAACUUCCAUUUUGAAACUGGUAUUAUGCAUGAUGGAGCUGUAGAAGAUGAACCCCUAGACGUUCCAUUCACCCCCCCACUACAAAUUGUGAUGCUCAUAGUUGGUACAAGAGGGGAUGUACAACCUUUCGUUGCCAUUGGGAAGCGAUUGCAGGAGUAUGGCCAUAGAGUUAGAUUGGCAACUCAUGCAAAUUUUAAAGAUUUUGUACUCUCUACUGGACUGGAGUUCUUUCCUUUAGGAGGAGAUGCUAAAGUUCUUGCAGAUUAUAUGGUUAAGAACAAAGGAUUCCUUCCAUCUGGACCUUCGGAGAUACAUGCCCAACGAAAUCAUUUGAAGGAUAUUAUUUUCUCAUUGCUUCCUGCAUGCCAGGAUGACGAUCCAGAAUCUAAAAUUCCAUUUAAAGCAGAUGCAAUAAUUGCUAAUCCGCCUGCAUAUGGUCAUACUCAAGUUGCUGAGGCGUUGAGAUUGCCACUUCAUGUCUUUUUCACAAUGCCAUGGACGCCCACCAGUGAUUUUCCUCAUCCUCUAGCCAACGUCAAGCAUCAUAUGGGAAAUAAGUUGUCAUAUAACGUAGUUGAUACUCUAAUUUGGCUCGGAAUUCGUGACAUUAUAAAUAGCUUCAGGAGGAAAAAAUUGAAACUGAGACGAAUAUCCUAUCUUACUGGACAGUACAGCAGUCUUCCGGAGGUGCCUUAUGGUUAUAUAUGGAGUCCUCACCUUAUUCCAAAGCCCAAAGAUUGGGGGCCUAAAAUUGAUGUAGUUGGAUUUUGUUUCCUUGACCUUGCUUCAAAUUAUCAACCCCCAAGUUCUCUUGUGGAAUGGUUAGAAGCUGGUGAAAUGCCCAUUUAUAUUGGAUUUGGCAGCCUUCCUGUUGAACAACCACAAGAAAUGACACAGAUCAUAGUUGAAGCUCUGAACAUUACAGGAAGGAGAGGAAUAAUCAAUAAAGGCUGGGGUGGUCUUGGAAACUUGGCAGAGCCAAAAGAGUUCGUGUACGUGCUUGAUAACUGUCCUCACGAUUGGCUAUUUCCGAGAUGCAUGGCUGUGGUACACCAUGGGGGUGCUGGAACAACUGCAGCUGGUCUCAAAGCUGCUUGUCCAACAACAAUUGUGCCGAUCUUCGGUGAUCAGCAAUUUUGGGGAGACCGUGUGCAUGCAAGGGGACUUGGUCCCCCGCCUAUCCCAAUAGCUGAGUUUUCGCUUGAAAGUUUGAUUGAUGCCAUAAACUUUAUGCUUGAACCCAAGGUAAAACAGAGGGCUGUGGAACUGUCUAAGGCCAUAGGAAGCGAAGAUGGCGUAGAAGGUGCAGUGAAGGCUUUCCACAAACAUUUUCAUCAAAGUAGAGCUCUGAUUGUCUCAAAUACUAAACGUGGCUUUUCAGUUAGACGCCUUCUCCAUAUGUCUUAAUCCUUUUGCUCCAGUUGAUGAAUACAAUAUUUUUCUUUUUUUAUUAUUAUUUCAGUUCUAGCUUCAUCGAUGUAUCGACGUACAAUUUUCUAAUAUACUUUAUAUUUGAGGUCUGUGUUGAAUAACAUAGGAAGUUGAUAA